UGGAAAUUAUUAAUGAUUGACGAGAUAUAUUCCAAAAGUCAAGUGCGCCAUUAUUCGUCUGCUUGUUGAUAAUAAUAGAUUUAAAUAUACAACUAUAUCAGAGAGAGAGAGAGAGAGAGAGAGGAGAGAGAAAGAGUUAAUAAUGGAAAGGGAGAGUACUGAGAGGAAGAGGAAAAGGGGAGAGAAGGUGGAGGCUGUGAGGAGGAGGAGCAAAGGAAAAGCAGAGUUGGCUCCGCCUCCGCCUCCGCCUCCGCCGCCAACGGAGGAGGAGGUUGAUGAGUUCUUUAUUAUUCUGAGGAGGGUGCGCGUCGCCGUCAAGUAUUUCGCCAACCGAUCUUCCGACAGUGAAAGCGGUGCCAAUGGGCUGAAGGAGGACGCCUCUGCCUUUGACGCCGCCGCCGCCGCCGGAAAGAGGGUCGAUAAUUUCGCUCUGGAUCUCAACGUUGUACCCUAAUUGGACACUCAAUUAAUUAAUUAUUAUUAGUGUAAUUCUGGAUUUUUCAAUUAUGAGAAAUAUAAUGUACGAUCUGUGGGUAAACUGGGUAUGCAAAAAUGACUCAUUUAUCUGUUCUGUGAUUUAUUCUGAAUUUUUCUUUUUCUUCUUUUUUU